AUGGCUUUCUUAAUUGAAAAUAGAGAAAAUUGGUCUGCCACCGAAGAUCUAAUGCAACAUACCAAUCUACCUUUUACUGAUUGGGUGAUGAGGUUUCCCAUGCCUGGUAGUUUUAAGGUUCCUCUGAUUGGCGAAUAUGACGGAAGUGGAGAUCCGUCCGACCAUAUGGAAAGUUUCCGAGCUCAUAUCAUCCUUCAUGAAACUCCUGACGAAAUCGCUUGCCGAGCUUUCCCUUUAACUUUAAAAGCAGUCGCCAAAGAGUGGCUUGGAAGUCUGAAUCCUAAAUCUGUUGAUAAUUUUGGUCAUCUUGGGCAGCCGUUCUUAGGUCAGUUUCUUGCCACUCGAAGAAGAAAGAAGAAUCCAGCAUAUUUAUUGUCCCUUGUGCAAGGAAAAGGGGAAACCUUGAAGGAUUAUUUGUUGCGGUUCAAUCGGGAGAAACCGGCAGUAGAAAGUACUGACGAGCAAACCAUUCUCUCAGCAUUGAUGCACGGUAUACAGACUGAAGGGCCUCUGAUGGCCGAAUUGUCCAAAAGGCCAAAAACAGGAACUUUACGACAAUUCAAUAGCAAGGCCGAGAAAUUCAUCAACCAGGAAGAGACUAUCUCAGCGUUGCUGAAAUCUAAAGCUGCCGAGAAUAAGCCUGCUGCUAAUCCAGUUAUGACGAAACCGAGGGUUUUUGUCGAGAAGAAAAAGAAGGACCGCUAA